CAGACGUGUCACCAUGUGUUCCUCAGAGCUCAAACAGGCUCAAAGACGACCAGGGAGGAGAGUAUCAGACAACGUAAAUGAACACCGGAAAGCAGUGUGGAGAUCGAGGGGGAAGAGAAGAAAAUGGCGGCGGAAUCAAACAGCAUAGAAGUGAGGGGCAUGCAAUUCUCGUACGAUCUCCAGGCACCAUUGUUCUUCGAUUUCAGCGUUAGGGUUCCUCCCGGAUCUCGAUGUCUGCUCGUCGGCGCAAAUGGAUCUGGGAAGACGACUCUGCUUAGAAUUUUGGCUGGGAAACAUAUGGUUGGUGGCAAAGAUGUGGUGCGCGUGCUAAAUUCUUCAGCUUUUCAUGAUACGCGCCUGGUUUGUAGUGGUGAUUUGGUUUAUCUUGGAGAAUCUUGGAGUAAAAAUGUUGGCUCUGCUGGGGAAAUGCCACUCCAGGGAGACUUCUCGGCUGAGCAUAUGAUAUUUGGAGUUGAAGGAGCUGAUCCUAGUAGGAGAAAAAAGCUGAUUGAAUUGCUUGAUAUUGAUCUGCACUGGCGGAUGCACAAGGUCUCUGAUGGUCAGCGGCGUAGAGUCCAGAUCUGCAUGGGCCUUCUUCAUCCAUACAAAGUUCUUUUGCUAGAUGAGGUUACCGUUGACCUAGAUGUUGUAGCAAGGAUGGAUUUGCUCGACUUUUUUAAAGAAGAAAGUGAACAGAGGGGCGCGACGAUAGUGUACGCAACACACAUAUUUGAUGGGCUGGAGACAUGGGCAACGGACCUGGUCUACGUCCAAGAUGGGGUUUUGAAGAAGUCUGAGAAGUUGUCUGAAGUUGAUGAGCUGAAGACAUGCCCCAAUUUGCUCUCUGUGGUGGAGACAUGGCUUCGCUCCGAGACCCCUAUGGACAAAAAGAAAACCGCCGGCAAUCUCCCGGCGGCACCGCCGCGUGACAAAUCUUCCCCCUUUGAUGCCUCUCCCUUUCGCUCGUCGAGACACAUGGCGUAUUACCGCUGAUGCACUCCCUCGGCGCGUCUUCUUGUUUGGGAAGGAGAAAAAAAACAAUGGGAAAAUGAUAUGAACCCAAAAGGUGUUUUUAUACGUGUGAUAUGUGAUAAAGAGCAGCAAAAGCUGCGAUAAAUUGGCUUCUUUCUUUUUUCUUUUUUCAAAAUUUUAUUUGAGGAUUCAUAGUUUGUAUCCUACUCCGGGUACUAUUUAAUACACAGGUUUACAUUCUUUUCUUUAACUUUUUUUGUGUGACAUAUGUGGUUGACACUAAUACAAUUACUAUAAUUAC